CUCGUCUGCUUUCACGUACUCCAAAUACAAGAGGAUAACACAAAAUCCAUUUCUUCCAAACAAAAACCAGAAGGAAGAUAAAGAAAAUGGCGGUUUCUUCGGCCAUUGUCUUCACUUUUAUCUCGCCUCAAACGGCAUCGUUCUCAGCAAACUCUUCUUCUUCUUCUUCAACGAGUCUCCUUCCAACUAAAUUACGCAUGGUACGAACCGUGACUCAUGCCACUGCUUCUGAGCCUGAAACCGGCUCCCGACCUCCACGUGGAAUCAUGAAGCCGCGCCGCGUGUCGCCUGAGAUGGAGGCUGUCGUUGGAGUCCCUGAAAUUCCCCGAACUAAAGCUGUUAAGCUGAUCUGGGCUUACAUUAGAGAGAACAAUCUUCAGGACCCUGAAAACAAGAAGAUCAUAAAUUGCGAUGAGAAGCUGAAGAAGAUAUUUGGAGGGAAAGAUCGCGUCGGGUUUCUCGAAAUCGCUGGGUUGAUUACUCCUCACUUUCUUUGAUGAAAUCCUAAAUGAAGAGUCAAGUUUGCAGAACAAGAAACAGCCUAUGUUUAUAGGGGGUGUAUGCCAUUUUCUUUGUUGAGGAUGCAGAAGAACACCAUGCUUUUCGCCGUAAAACAAUUAACUGUGUUUCUAGCAUUACUACUUGUGUAUAGGAGUAUAUAUUGUUUUAUGCAAAUAUUAUGUUUUACGAAAACCGAUUACCUGUGUUAAAUU